AAGAGAGUGGCUAUUGCUGCUGGGGAUUGUUUAGUUUGGCAAGGAUUUGCUUCUGUUGUUAUACCAGGCUUUAUUAUUAACAGAAUUUGCACAUUCACAGGCAUUGCCUUAAAGAAAGGGACGCAACUCGGAGGUCCUGUCAGGCAUUGGACAACAACGAUCAUAGGACUGAUGUUCAUUCCAUUUAUCAUUAAGCCAAUCGACCACAGUGUUGAAAUAGGAAUGGAUAAAACCAUCAGGAAAUUAUACCCCAUU